CAGCCGCGCACCGGCGAGGUUCUUCCCGCACCGUCGCCGCACUUGCGAGCAGCCGUCGAGGUUCUUCCUUCUCCGUGCUGUCGAGGUUCUUCCGCCGCACUCGCGAGCAACCAUCGGCCCUAAAAAAUUUACUAUUAUGAGGAAACUUGUGUAGGAUUGAUACUUCAAUCAAGCGUGAUAAUGCUGCAUAUCUAUCCAAGAUCACUGUGACUCAGUUUGACGGCACUGCAAUGUCUGGGAUAUUUAAUUCAAAUCUUGGUGGUUCAAAUUCAAGUCUUAGUGAUGCGACAGGAAGGGCUUUUGCAUCAUCUUUUUCCGCUCAAUCGGCAAAUGCUCCUAGUUUUCAUCACUCUGGAGGCAUGCAAGGGUUACAUCAUAACAUGCAAGGGAACUUUGUUCCAAACAUUCCAGGGUCAGUGGCAUCAAGGAAUUCCACUAUGACUGCUGUUCCUUCAAGUGGUCUUCAACAACCUGGGAGUAGCAUCUCUUCUGGAAGAUUCUCAUCAAACAAUCUUCCAAUCGCUAUGUCUCAGAUCUCACAUGGACUCUCAGGGAUUACUGAGAGAGGUGGCAUCAGUGUUGCAGGAAACCCUGGCUUUAGUAGCAAUAUAAAUGGAGUUGGUGGUUCCAUACCUGGAUUUUCCUCUGGUGCGCCUGCUGGCAACCACAAUGCUAUUCCUGGGAUGGGAGUCAAUCCAAUUUUGGGAAACCUAGGCUCUCGAAUGUCAAGUUCGGCAGGGAAUAUUUCUGCUGGAGUUAACAUUGGAAGGAGCAUAAACUCUGGUGGGCCAGCCAUUUCCAGCCUUGCAUCAAGAGCAAGUUUAGCUGCUAACAGCGGGUCUGGGACUCUCAAUUUACAAGGAGCGAAUAGACUGAUGGGUGGUAUGCUUCAGCAAGCUCCUCAAAUGAUGGGAAUGCUUAGGAACUCUUAUAACAUGUCCGGUGGACCCAUAUCACGGCAAUUGCAAGGAGGGAAUAGCUUGCUAAGCUCUAUGGGAAUGUUAAAUGAUGCCAAUUCAAAUGAGGGCUCUCCUUUCGACAUAAAUGAUUUCCCUCAGUUAACUGGGCGCCCUAGUUCAGCUGGAGGGCCUCAGGGUCAGUUGGGUUCCUUGCGGAAACAAGGUAUUGGUGUUAGUUCGAUAGUGCAACAAAAUCAGGAAUUUAGUAUCCAGAAUGAAGAUUUUCCUGCUUUGCCUGGUUAUAAAGGUGGAAACUCAGAAUUUGCAAUGGAUUUGCAUCAGAAGGAGCAACCUCAUGAAAAUGUUUCUGUAAUGCAGUCACAAAACUUUGCCAUUGGGGGGUCUACUGGAUUUAGCCAUGGAGUGGCCUAUCCAUCAAAUCGUCAGCAACACCAGCAGCAUUCAACCCCUGUUAGUACUUCUGGUGGAGUCUCUUUAGCAGCUGGAAGCAAUCAAGACCUUCUCCAUCUAUAUGGCUCUGAUUUGUUUCCAUCUUCACAUGGAGCCUAUCAGUCUCAGGUUCAGAAUACUCCUAGCCUUGGAUUAAGAGCAUUAAGUUCUCAAAACCCAGCUUCAGGCGGUGGACCUUAUGAUCAACUUAUUCAGCAAUAUCAACACUCGCAUAACCAAUCUCAACUUCGCCUGCAACAGAUGUCUGCUAUUAAUCAAUCAUAUAAAGAUCAUAGUCUGAAGUCCAUGCAAGGGACGCAGAUGUCUGAGAGGUUUGGUUUGUUGGGUUUGUUGAGCGUAAUCAGAGUAAACGACCCAAAUCUCACAUCCCUUGCUAUGGGGAUGGAUCUCACAACUCUGGGAUUGAAUUUGUUAAGCCCACCAGGUGAUUUGCACAAGAAAUUUAAUUCCCCAUGGUCUGAUGAGCCAGCCAAAGGAGAGUCCGAGUAUUGCAUUCCAACUUGUUAUAACUCUAAACCACAUCCAACAUUAAAGCAAGGACAUUUUGAGAAGUUCAAUGAUGGGACACUAUUUUACAUCUUUUACAGCAUGCCAAAGGAUGAAGCUCAGUUGUUUGCUGCUUAUGAACUAUAUUCACGGAGAUGGGUCUACCACAGAGAGCUUCAGUUAUGGUUAAGGAGAAUCGGAGAGCCGCUUGUUAAGACUCAAACAUAUGAAAGGGGAUCGUAUCAUUACUUCGAUCCAAGUACAUGGCAAACUAUUCGCAAGGACAAUUUUGUCCUUACAUAUGAGGCAUUGGAAAAGAAACCAAUCCUUCCUCAACAUUAGACGUUAUAAAGUUAGGUGUGUAUUUGGUUUUCGAUUAGAAUUUGCCAGGUCUGUGGUGCCGUUGCUUCUUUCACUCGUGACAUUUCUUCUGAUGAGGUGGUUGGUACUUCAUGUUAGUCAUCAAGUGUCCCACUUCUUGGUUUCUGCAUUUUCAAUGACAGCGCGAUCAACUUCAGUAAUGCCAUGCAUGGGUUCCGCCGCCUUUCCCCUUCGACGUCAUUUGAGGGUUUUCUUCUCCUUUGAUUUUCAGAUCAUAAUUUCCUGGAAGAAGAUCAGGCAACCAUUCCCAUGGUGGUGGUCGUUGCCAUAUUGCGAUGGACCCACUUAUUGAUUCAGUAAUUGUCAUGUUAGUGCUGAUGUCUUACUAUUGCCAACUUCGGUGACCAUAAAUUUUCUUCUUUUUUCUGUUUUUACAAUUAGUUUGUUAUUAAGAGCUCAUCAAAUGGAAGGAUUUCUGCAUGAAAAAAAAAAGAUUCCACAAUACCAUCUGAUUACAUCCAGAAAGAAAUGAUCACUCUACAAAGGCUAAUCAUAUAGUACUACUUUUAGAAACUCGGUUCAGAAUCAGAGGUAGCUCAGGCAUGUCAACUGAUCAUUCUUAAUCAAGAAUCUAAUUUAAAUUUGAUAUAUUAUUUUUUUGAAAAAUCAAUGCUAUC